UCUUCCAAAGAAGCCAAUUCGGUCUCUCUGGUUUACUAACAUGGUAAAUAUCAGCUUAAAUGUGAUCACUUUGUGAGUAAGCAAAUACAAUGUCACAUCUGACAAUAACACGCUCAUCAUAAAUACCUCAAACUUUAUAUAACGACAAUAUUCUGUUUGCAGAUGUUACAUUAAAAAUGAUUUUCCUGAUAUAUCCGAAUGGGAAGAUAUCUUUAUAUUAUGAGAACGUUCCUGGGGAAAUUCGAGGAGAUCAAGUGACAUCGAUCAUUAACAUUGUGAUUCAUUGUGAAACAGAUUGUCCAAAACACAAGUCGAUUAUAACAUGUCAAGACGCAAGCACAUCGAACACAAGGUGUAUUUGGUGUGAACAAUCCAAAAUGUGCAUUACUAGCAAUUAUAUGGAUACUCACGACUUCAAAGUCAGUGGUUGCCAGAUUAAAAAUAGCUCGAAUAUCAGCGUUUUGAGUGGACCAACACUUAUCGAAAAAAAAGAAACAACUCCAACAAUAAAUGAAGCUGACUUAAGAAAUGAAUUGAGGCAGACUACUGAAAACACUGAAACUCAUUUGAAUAGCUCGAAUAUCAGCGUCUCGAGUAGACCAACACUUAUCGAAGAAGAAGAAGAAACAACUCCAGCAACCACUUUAGCCGAUUUACGAAAUGAAUUGAGACAGACUACUGAAAACACUGAAACUCAUUUCAAACGAAUGAAGAUAAAGAGCAAAGAAGGUCCUGUAAUUACUCACAUAUUGUCAUACCAGUAGUUGCCACUCUCAUUGUUGUAUGCACUGGCUGUAUCACAGGGCUAUGGUUUUACAGAAAGAAAAAACGUAUGCCAUGAUUAUCACAAACGCCUUCUUAUUUGUUGUUUUCAUCAUGCUGACUCUGUUAUUUUCCUUUUUCAUUUUAUCAAACACUUUCGAUUAUGUUAAUCAUUUCAAGAAAUUGGAGAUUGUUUCAUGGAAAUACACACAACAUUCAUGAUUGUGUAGUGACUCACAUUUAUCACGAGAACACGACUGGUUUAAUAAAAACA